AUGCCCCUCGAAGUCACCCCUCCACCGUUUGCUGCUAGCCAAAGACUCCCCUAUACACCGGCAUUUGCGAGGAACGACGUUCAAGGUGGACCGGGAUCGGGAGCUAGCUCAAUUGGAGGUGCUGGAGGUCCCGCUUCAGCUGCUGCGGCCGCCAUAAUCCCUCCUGCUCCAGGUGGGAUAGCUGAUCCUCAUCGAGCUAUACCCGCAUUGGCCGAAGCAGGAUAUACUGCACCAAACCUUCGACCUGCUGCGAUCUCCAUUGAUCCUCGUAUGGGUGGCGCAUCGGUCUACGGUGGUGGUUCAGUAUACGGGGGAGGAUCAAUGUACGGUGGAGGAGCAGCGAGAGGACCACCCAGCAGUGCUUCCUACGGGUAUGAGCCUUCUCAACACCAUCAUCAACACCAACAACACCAUGUCCAUUCGCCACUUUCCGUGGUCCAUAGUGAUGGGUGGCAAGCGAAUUCACUUCCUGCACCCAGACGGGGUCCACCUUUACAACCUGAAUCUACCAUCGCUCCUAGGCAUCAUCAUCGUCACCACCAGGAUGAUUUCGAUGAUGGGAAAAGCGAUGCAAGUUACUACGCUAUGCCUAAAAGUCAUAAUCAUCGACCUAGAUCCCGAUCAGGUUCAGUCAGUUCAUUAUCUGAUACAUCCAGUCCUAGAGAAUUACAAAAUCCUUUACCUGGUGGAAUCCAUAGAUCAAGAUCGAUAAAUGGACAUAACCGCUCACCGUCCCUUCCACCUGCUAUUGGUCAUUUACAUUCACCCAUCUCACCUUCACCGCUUGCUGGUGGAACAGGUGGAUUACCCAAUUCCAUUGGUAAAUCAGCAUUGUCCCCCGCAGAUCCUGAUGGACUCAUUCGAAGACAUAGAGAUAGAGCUUCACCUGGACCUGGACCCGGACAAGUUGAAGAAGAAAGAGAAAGAAGACCGCGAAUUCACUCGUUCACUCCUGCCAAUUUGGAUAUGGAAGAACCAAGAGCUAGGGAACGAAGACACUCAGCAUUGGCCAACGAGAUUGAAAGACCUCGAGUACACAGCCAUCAUGGACAUGGACAUGGACAUCAUAGACAUCGAUCCGGCUCACAUCUACCUGUACCUCCACCAUCGGAUUACUCUUACUCGUCCUCAUAUGGGAAUAGAGCACCGUCUCCCCCACCUGGAGGCGCACUGGGCUUACACCUCCACCCUGAUGGGGGAUCUAACGGUGGAGGAAGGAGGCGAGCCAAUUCGAUGCAGGGAUUCGAUAGAGAAAGACCAUAUCAGUUCCAGGCGUAUCAGACUCCCAGUAUAGCUGGCGGAGGAAAUGCAACGGUCUAUGAUGAUGGGGCGAGCUUGAUAUCGGAAUCGAAGAUGACAUUUAUGGAUGGUAGUGUAGCUGGAAGGACUAGUCAGUAUGGGUUACCGAAAUACCCUCAUCAACCCAAGAUGGAUUAUAGGAGGUUCUGCGUUCAGAGAGGGAAUGCCGAUGUUUUCUUAGAUUGA